CCGCAUCCUCGCACACUUUCCAUAUUGGAAACCCCUUUCCCUUCUACUACAUUGUAAUAUAUAGUCCGUUGGGACUCAAGUGCGUGAACAAUGACAAAUCCUGAACUUCGUCGGCAAGUAAUCAAUAUCUACAAAGAGCUACUCUUUCUCGGACGUAAUUACCCUCUGGGUUAUGAAUACUUCAGAACUAGACUGCAUAAGGCGUUUGCCAGUCAGGCACAUCUAAAGGAUGACGACCAGAUACGAAAGGGUAUAGCACGGGCGGAUUUUGUGAAGAAAGAGAUCGAAGCACUGUACUACUUGAAGCGAUAUCGCACACUGAAACAGCGCUAUGAAAACAAUUAGGUCCAGCAAGGCAGUUGGACAUCAAGCCUUGACAAAAAUGAAUUAUACAUCAGGAAAAAUCAACAUAAAUGGGGUAUC